GGGAAGAGAACUUUUGGGAAAUUACAGCUUGACCUGAGAACUUCUCCUGACCGUCUGAGACUCUACUAUUCUAUAAUUUAUAAAGUAUAUAAGUCGUAAAACAGCUGUAUUUCCUAUGCGAGGCCAUGUACCCUGUAGACUUUCCGGAUGUGGAUCACACUGACCUGAGAUCAACAUCUGAACAAUACCUCUCUUCUUUGGAGUCAAGACCUAGUGAUAAUGAGUGGUUUGAAUUAUCACAGUCAUUGAAGGUGGGCAUAACAGCCAACAAUGUAAGGUGGUUGCAGCUGUUUGAAGAUGACCAACCUGACUGUGCAGUGAUGGCACUUCACCCUCCUGAUGAUCCAACACAAGUGAUGGCUUUAUACCUGCAUGAAAAGUGGUGGUGUGUGGAUGACCUUUUACGAACGUCCAGCAAAUCCAGAACUGGCUUGGUGUUGGUGCAGUCAACUAUGGAGAGGGUGAUUGUGUUCCUCCUAAAUCAGGUAGUGGAGAGGUGUUCACAGGAGGAGGUACUGUUCUCCCUGCAUCCCUGCACAGAGAGUUGCAAACUGCUAUGGAGAGACAGCCAGGCUGUUGGCUUUUACACUGUCAAGCACAAAGGCAGCCUGUGUGACAGAUGGAGCAGUCGCUGCUACCUGCUGCCUGUUCUGGACACAGUGCUGGUUAGGAGGAGCUGGAGGAGGAGAGGAUUUGGCCUUCAGAUGCUUGAGGAUUUCUGCUCCUCAUUCUCCACAGAAGAGUUUUUGGGGGUUAGCUUUCCAUUAUCACCCAGCAUGGUUGCAGUGUGCAGGAGGUACCUGCAGCACCACAAGGAACAUCGGGAGCGUCUGUAUGAGGUGGAGGCUCCAGGGGGCUGGACUCAACGACGAAACAUCUGGCUCAACAUCCAGCUAGGCCGCUACUCCUUCAAUGCAGACUCACAAUUGCAGACUAGAACUAACCUCGUUGAGCACCUGUAAUGUGAACAUUCCACUGGCAAUAGGCUCUUCUGAACAACAAAUUAAACCUUGUGAUCCAAACCAAGGAGGAAGCUCCCCAAGCAGCAAGGUUCCUGGACCAGGAUGUAGCUCUACAGCCCAUGCCACGGAUCUGGACCUGCCACCAGUCCCUAAACUCAAAACAAGCUCAGAAAUUCAAGCCCUUUCUAUCUUGCGCUGCCUCACAGAGAGAAGCCAGAUGCAGAGAAAGCACACAGAGGGCCCAAAGAAGUCAGAAUGACAUCAGUUAAAUCAAGGAUACAGUCAAAGACAUUCUUAGGAACACCAGCCCUAAAAAAGGAACUGUUAAUAUGGAUUAAGAGGAUGCUAUAGUCACCUAAAGAUGGGUGACUUUUAUACUGUAUUUAUGAAAUGGAGUUUACACACCUUUUAAGACUAAUUUACUUCAAAUACAAUUAACUAUUUUAUUAUUGUAUAAAAAAAAUUUUCAUAUCGCUGCCUUUCCCUUGUUUGGAAAACCAAAUGGAAGCCACUGUUUCCUUUUAAUUUAAAGGCCCUGCAAAAUAGUAGUAAACACACAGAGGUGAUUUUGAUUAGUCUGGCUUUUUAAACCUCUUUCCAGGAUUGUAAGGGACUUUACAGUAUAUGCUUUGUUGAUAUCUCCAUCACUUACAGUGGCUUAGCAUAAACAGGUAAUAAUGGGGUAAACAAGGGGAAACAGCUAGCAUGGCUCUGUCCAAAGGCAACAAAAUACUCCUUCCAGCACAUCUCUUCUCCCAGCCAUGAAAUAAUAAGCCGCAUAACUCUCUGUAAAGCAUGUCUUUUUACAGUUUGUUUUUUGUACAGAUUAAACAACCAAAACAUUAUUAUUGUUAUUAUUUUUGUCAUAGAUUGUUAAUUAUUGAGCUUUAGAAGUGCUGGUUCCUUCAGACAGAGUCAGUCUGUUUCUCCCAUUUCCACUUUUUAUGCAAAGCUGUCGACUGACUGUAGCCUCAUUUAAUAGAAAGAUAUGAGAGUGGCAGUGAUCCUCUCAUUUAACUCUUAACUAUUCCUUUAAUCAAUAUAUGUAUAUAGAUACAGUAUAUAAGUAUAUAAUCAGAGAUGAAAAACCAUGAAACGUAAUUAACUGUGACUGCAACAAAGGAGUGAGUGCGCACUGGACAUCUAUAUAUAAAAGGAUUGAAAUUACUUAAGUGUUAAACAUGCAGUGUUCAUUAAUACAUUAUGACAAAUACCCUUUUGAGACCACACUUUUGCUCCUCAUGAAUCCAGUUUCUGUCUGGAAUAAGUAAGUAAAGGAAAAUGUAAGAAAUGAUCCAGUUUUAAAAUACUAGGUCAGAAUUUUGAGAUACCAACUAAAGUUAUGAGAUUUGGUAUGUCUGUGUUUGAUUGAUAUCUCCCUCAGUCUUUUAGCUUUGUUGCUCUUGAUGCAGUUUGAUGACAUAAUGCCCAGACAAUGGUGAAAAAAGUACUCAGAUUCUUUACUUACAUAAAAGUAACAAUAUCACUGUGUAAAAGUGCUCCAUUACAAAUGAAAGUCAUGCAUUUCAAAUCCUACUUCAGUAAAAGUUCAGAAGUGCGGUCCACAUGGACAUGAUUGCAUCACAUAAUUA